AUGGCAACAAUACGUCCGCCAAAUGGUCCAUCAUUUCCUGAUAAAAUGAACAAUUCAAUUUUUCCUCCCAUAUCUCACUCGAUAGCAAAUGGUUUAACUCCUCCAAUAUUCCCGCCAAAUUCUUCAACAUUAUCUUCUCAAUCCAAUCAACAUACAUAUCAAACUAAUACACCUAUCUUUCCUCCAACACAACAAUAUCAAUCAACUUUAACCAAUCAACAGAAUUCAAGUCCAACACUACCAUCAAAUAUCUAUAAUACAAAAAUGAAUCCGACUCCAGCAGCAACAAAUAUUUAUAAUCCUCUUUCAAAUCAUCAAUAUAUAUCAUCUGUACCACCAACAACACAUAGUCCAUCUUCACAACCAACCAUUCGUCCAAUGUAUCCUUCACCAGCAUCUGCUUAUCGUCCUCAAGUACAACAAACUCAAAUUGUUCCACAAACAACAUAUCCUCAAAUGACGAACCAAAAUUCUCAACCAUUACCACCACCACCACCUCCACCUUCAUCAACUUAUCCUUAUCCACAUUACAAUAGCAAUUCAAAUACUUCUGCGACCACUAAAACCACUCCGUAUUUAGCAUCUACCUAUCCCGGACAGGUAGGACAAAUACCACCUUUACCACAACCAAUGCCUUAUGCCAUGGGUGGUAGUACAGCUACUACCGAUAAUCAACAAAUUAAUAAUAUGAAUGGUCCUAUUUCCAAUAAUAAUAACUUAAUGGAUUUGCUUAAAGUAAAAAGUGUUGUUAGUCCAUUUGCUGAAGAACUACCAAUAUCGCCAUUAUUGAAUGAAGAAAAUCAACAAAUGAAUUGUAGUCCAGAAGUAAUGCGAUGUAGUCUUAAUGCUAUUCCACAAACAAAAGAUUUACUUAAUAAAAGUCGUCUUCCACUUGGCGUUCUUAUUCAUCCAUUUAAAGAUCUUGAAAGUUUAAGUGUUAUUCAAGGUACAAAAAUCGUUCGAUGUGAUGCAUGUAAAAGUUAUAUUAAUCCAUUUGUUAUAUUCCAAGAUACUACACGAUGGCGUUGUAGUAUCUGUUUUCGUCUUAAUGAUUUACCGCAAGAAUUUCUAUUUGAUCCAGUAACUAAAACAUAUGGUGAUCCAAGUAGAAGACCAGAAGCUCGAUUUGGUACUGUUGAAUAUACAGCUUCAUCAGAUUAUAUGGCUAGACCACCACAACCAGCUAUGUAUUUAUUUUUACUUGAUGUUUCACAUAAUGCUGUUCAAACAGGCUAUCUUCAACCAUUUUGUGAUAUUUUAUUUGAAAAUUUAAGUAGUUUACCAGGUGAUGCACGUACAAAAAUAGGUUUUAUAUCUUAUGAUAGUCGAAUACAUUUUUACGAUUUAUCCGAUCGACAAAAUGGUACAUUUCGUAUUAUGGUUGCACCUGAUAUAGAAAAUAUUGAAAAUAAAUUAGAUGAAUUUCUUCCUUUACCUGAUGGUUUAAUGGUAACAUUAUGUGAUUGUCGAACAAUAGUUGAAACAUUUCUUAAUGAAUUACCAAAAGUUUAUCAAAAUAAUCCUGAAACUGAUUCAGCCUUAGGUACAGCUCUUCUUAUAGCUGGAAAAUUACUUUAUAAUACUGGUGGUCGAGUUACGGUUAUUCAAACACGAAUACCUAAUAUAAAUCCCGGUGCUUUAAAUGAGAAUGUAGGAAAAGAACCAACAUCUAUUGGACCAACAACAGAUUAUUAUAAAAAAAUUUCACUUGAUUAUGCAUCACAACAAAUAGCUUGUGAUUUAUUUCUUCUCAAUAGUCAUUACAUUGACUUAACAACAUUAAGUAUGCUUGAUCUAUUUUUGAAAAUAGGCUAUAAGAUUUUGACUACAGAACGGGAUAUAUAUAUAUGGGCUUGUGAAGAAAGACGUCUUCCAUUAAAUCACGUAUACACUAUCAAAUUCUACUACGUAUCGUUGUCAUGUUCAUAG